UGAUGGAACUCUUGGUGACUGAACUGAAUGUGUUGCUCAAGCUGCUAGACCAUGAGACCCUGAGCUCUGCUACGGAGGAGAAGAAACGAGCUGUGAAGAACCUCCUAAAACAGCUGAAACCCUCAGUGCUUCUGUGUAGCCACCUCAUAGCUACCCAAUCUAUGUUGAGCUACCCCAUAUGUUAUACUCCGGACAUGUAAAGAACACAGAAGAAGUCACAUGUAUGGAGUGAUCAUGCAAGAGAGCACUUGCCAGAUAUUCCUGCAGAUCUGUUAAUGUUGCCAUAGGCCAUCUCCCUGUCACUGGACCAGAAUACAUGUACAUGAACACCUCUGUCUGCAGAAAUGGCACUAGCUUUGUGGAAGCCCUUUUUGAGAACUUUGACUGCAAACUUAGUGAGCUGAAAGUAGAAGUAGAAGAACAGAAGAAAGACCCAAUCCAUUCAAACCAGUCUACAUCUAAACCUAUUACACCCGAUUCAGCACCUCCACUACCUACCACACCACCUCCAGAGGACUACUAUGAGGAGGCUGUACCUCUUAGUCCUGGUACUGUGCCAGAAUACAUAACCAGCCGCAGUAGCUCCAGUCCUCCUAACUCUAUUGAGGACGGAUACUAUGAAGACACAGACAACAACUGUCACAAUGUCAGCAUGAACCGGCAGCGCAAAAACUCAUAUAAUGAUUCAGAUGCUCUGAGCAGCUCCUAUGAGUCAUAUGAUGAAGAGGAGGAGGAAAGAAGUCAGCGUUUAACUCACAAGUGGCCCUCAGAGGAGAACUCCAUGGCCCCUGUAAGGGAUUGCCGUAUAUGUGCCUUUUUGCUGAAGAAGAAGCGCUUCGGUCAGUGGGCCAAACAACUAACAGUUAUUCGUGAGAACAGACUUCAGUGUUACAAAAGCUCCAAAGACCAGUCUCCCUAUAUGGACCUGCCGCUUAAUCUGUGCAAUGUCAUAUAUGUGCCUAAGGAUGGAAAGAAGAAGAAGCACGAGCUUCGCUUUUCUCUGCCAGGUGGAGAGGCUCUGGUGUUGGCUGUACAAAGCAAAGAACAGGCUGAAAAAUGGCUGCGGGUGGUGCAUGAAGUAAGCAGUCUGGGGAAUACUUUAGACAUCUCAGCUUCUCCCAUGAUCCCAAGAAAAAGGGAAAAAGAGCCAGAAAAAGACUUCUACAAGAGAUUGUCGGGUGAGAAACAUGCUUCAGAUUCAGAUAGCAUCCCUAACGUUGAAGGUCGCCGAGAUAGCCGGGAGAAUGGCAAGCCCAAGCGGGUUGCUCUGUCAGAAUUAACAGGCACGAUGAGCAGAGCAGCAGGGCGCAAGAUUACUAGGAUCAUUAGCUUUUCCAAAAGGAAGCCACCUCUGCCUGGAGAUUUGCAGUCACCAUCACUGGAUGACGACCCUCGUUGUGGCUCUCUGAGUGUUUUGGUGAACAAGUGCUGGAAGGAACAGUGGUGCCGUGUAAGAUGCGGCUCACUCCACCUUCACCAGGAGAAAGUUGAUGCAUGGCGGAGUCCACACACCUCUAUUAUCCUACGUGGCUGUGAAGUGGUGCCAGGCCUUGGGCCCAAGCACCCCUUUGCACUCAGAAUACUAAGAGGUGGCACUGAGGUGGCAGUGUUGGAGGCAAGCUGCUCAGAAGAACUGGGCCGUUGGCUAGGAGUUCUUCUAGCAGAAAGUGGUUCUGCUGAUCCAGAGUGCUUGCAUUAUGACUAUGUGGAUGUGGAGACCAUCGCCAAUAUUCGUACAGCUGCCCGUAACUCUUUUCUAUGGGCUACCUCCACAGAGUCGAGCACUUAUGAUCAGGUGCCUUAUGAAGACACACAGCAGGAGAAUGAGAGGCUGAAGAAUGGAUAUUUAUUAAAGCGCCGGUCUGCUAGUACCGACAGAAGUAUGGCCAAGCCACAGAUCACCGUUAAGCGUCACGGCUCUAACGCAAAUCAGUAUGGAAGGUAUGGGAAGACACGGGCUGAGGAGGAUGCACGCCGCUACCUGAGUGAGAAAGAAGAGUUGGAAAAAGAGAAAGAUCACAUCAGGAAUGCACUCGUGUUGCUGCGAAAGGAAAAACGAGAAGCCAAAGAGAGAAUGAAGGUGGCCACAGAUAAACAACGGUUGGUACUUGAGGAAUGUGUGGCCCAGCUGGAGGAGAGGUGCCAAAUAAAGGAAAGUGAACGUGUUAACUUGGAACUUAAACUCACCCAGGUUAAAGAGAAUCUGAGAAAUUCUCUUGUUGGUGGAGCUUUAGGAGCACCUGUAAUCACCAAACCAUUAAGCAAGGCUCCAAGAACUGAGGUACAAUACACCGAGUCAUUAAUUCCUGUCAACUGUGCCUCUGAAAUGAGAAAGCGCCCCCUAUCCAUCUAUGCAUCUACAAAGGGAAACGUUAUGCAGAAAGCCAAGGAAUGGGAAUCUAAAAAAGGGAAGUGCUGAAUAUUUCCUGGACGUCUUUUUUGUGCACCUGAACACAAAAAUCUGCAGCAUCCUUUAUGUGCAUCACUGACAAUACAAACAUUAUCAUAGUAGAGAAACAGAAAUAUAUUCCUUUUGAAUAAGUUUGUUGCUUCACAGGCUAUUUACAUUAAAUGUUGAAUAUGAAAGUGGGAGUUGAUUGUUUUUAGAAAGUGGUAGUAUGGGUGGUAUGUUGAUUAAUGAGCAUAUUGAAGAAAGCUGUGUAAAAUCACAUUUUGCAGGAUUUUGCAUUUACUUAAAUUCUCCUUUCAGAUGACUGCUGUUUUCAUUUAUUUUUUGUAUUGGUUUUGUAAAAAAUAAAUGGUGCUAAUUAUAUUGUACCUUAAUUUAGGCUGCAACACUAACAAGACGUUUACAGAUAUUUUCACAAUUCUCACUUUGUUUCCAAGACUACAAUUUCAACAGGAAUAACAAUGGCACUUUAUGGACUGUGUUCCUUAUUCUACUUCCAUGUCAUUCAUAAUAAAUGCCUCUAAAAUACAGGUUCUUUUGGGUGCGAUUCCACUGUUUUAAUCAUGUAUGUUUACCCCACAGAGGCAGGUAUUAACUACUCAUUAAUAACAAAGCUGCAUUUGUGCCAUUAUGUCAGUAAUGUUAUGAAGACUUGUAAAUAAUGAUGAAAUUCCUAGUGCUUUAUAUUCAGUUAUAAGAGGAUACUGCUGAAGGUCCAUACUUUCAGACUGGAGAUGAGACUGGAAAUUCCUCCAUGAUUUGCUUAUCAUUUAAAGCCAUAUUGAAAGUCUGUGUUUAAGCUUUGUGUUCAACUUAUGUACACCACAGUUAUGUAUAUACAAUGGAUAUACAACACCUGUUAAAAGGGCAAGGUUUUUUCGAGCCUCAAUGUGAAAUUAAAAUCAUACAAAAAGUUA